AUGCAGGUCAAGAAGCUUCUGGCCCUCCAGGGCUCGGCCUAUUCAGCUGUGCUUACGCCCUACCACGACAACGGUCUGUUUGCCAAUGUCCUCCAGGUGUGCGAUGCACUGCUGCUGGCGAAACCAGGAGUGCCUGUCCUGGUGGAUUGGAAGCGGAAAGGCUCCGAAGGCCAUUUCCAGUAUGGCCCGGAGGGCUUUGAUCUCUUUGGGCACCUCUUCGAAGCCGGUGAGCGCUGCCGCUCUGCGAUCGAAGUGCCAUCCGAGAGCUUGAGCAUGCCGGGGCGCAUCAACUGCCUCUUCAUGAACAUGCUCCGGGGCUACUUCUGGUCCUUGCCCGACGACGCUCUGAAGGAGCUCCGCGUGCGAUACGCAGCAGCCAUUCGUGUUCUCCAACCAGCCCAGCAUGUGCAGCGAAAGUUGCAGGAAUGCACAAGUUGGGGCGAGGAGGCUCUCGUCGUGGGCGUGCACAAGAGGCUAGCUUGCUCGGAGAUGGUUGCCUGCCAGCUGUCGCAGCGAGCUCCGUCUUGUGCAGAGUUUAUCGCCAAAGCACGCAAGAUACUGUCUGCGAGUGAAAAGCAGCGCAAGCUGAUUUUCUUGGCUACGGAUGAUGUAAAGGCGGUGGAAGAAUUCGAGGUCGCGUUCCCGCGAGACGGAGACGUUGAGCUGUGUUAUCGUCGCGUGAAGCGGUCGCCGGGUGGAGUUCGCGAAGAUGGCAUCGACAAUGAGGUGCACAGGAGCCCCUGUGCCGAAGCUGACGCAGAAGAUGCGCUCAUCGAUGCACUUGCCCUGUCUAGAUGUCAGCAUCUCGUCUGCGUUGACUCAAACUUGGCCAUCUACGUCGCUCUCUUGAAUCCAGAGAUGCAGCUCCAUGCCCUCAGCAGCAUCCUCCCAGAGGGAUGGGAGGAAGCUGCCGAGAGACCCGAGGAGGUGGUGCAUGCCUCCUACGAGGUGGUCUUCGCACCCAUGGUAUUCGUUCGCAAGGGCCCGAGCACGGCGACCGAGCUGCUGGGGGCCCGCAAGCCUGGCGAGAUUGUCUACUGCACCGGUCGCGGCUUUGACGGCUGGGUCGAGCUAGAGGGAGGCGGUUGGAUGCUGGUCGAUGGGGCGCGCGGCGGCAAGCAGCCGCUUGGCUCGAUCGAAGGCCUUGCGGUCGCGGCGGGAGCAACGAUCCUUACGAGGAACGCUGCGGCUGGCAUUCUGCUCAAGCCGGCCUUCGAGAAGCAGGACUUUGACAAGGCUUUGUCGGCCUGGCAGUCAGCAGCAGAAGCCGCGCGCCAGAUUGGUGCUCAUGACAUCUGGCUUGCGCUGAUGUGCGAGGUGUCCUCUCUCCAGCAGCAGUGCGGAAAGCUUCAUCUGUCCGAGGCCACAGCGACGGCGAUGCUCGCUGAGGUGCCUCAGCGCCGCGCGGCGAAAGCGCUGCUGCGACGCGGCCUCGUGAGGGAGGCGCUGGGCGACCUGAACGGAGCCAGGCAGGACCUUUCCCACGCGGUGGCCGAAAAUUUCAUGGACCUGCAGGCUCAGGAAAAACGGAGCGAUGGACUGAUUAGCGAUGAUAAGCGACGGCGUGCUCAUCACGGCUGCUCCUUCUCCGGAUCCUUUCUCGGCCGCCGCCAUUCCAGGUCCGAGUCCAACUUGGACUUGGAAGACCUGGCGAGUCGCUACGACACUCAAGUCCUUCGCGAGUACUUGUUGGAGCAGGAGGAAGGCAGCACGAGACAGCGGCAGGCUGAGGAUGCGGAGCAAGCAACGCUGCCAGAUGUCUGCGAUCUUAGACAACGGUGCUUUCGAAGGAUACGCGUUCUGCUGGUGGUCAACUUCCUUGCAUAUUGGUCCACUCUGAGCUAUUGUGGGUACGCUUACUACCUUCGAGUCGAAGAAGCCGGCACGAAGGCACUUCCGCCCAUGGAUGUGGCACUGGCGUGCGUCUUCCUUCUGGGCACGCAGGCCACCUUGGAAUUGGCUGCUGCCGUUUGCCUUACUCAGCCAGUGCGCCAGGGCGAUGGCAGGAGUAAUCCCUUCAGCAGCUGGGACUUUCUGGCGUGGCUUGCUGGUGCGGGAGCCAGGUGCUCCAUGCUCUUAGACGCCCUGUGCCUGCCGCUGAUGAAGCGCGGGUCAAGCUUGCUCUUCCUGCUGUCCGCGAGCACGUUCGCUUUCGCAAUCGGCGUGUUCGUUUUCGCUGUCCAGCUGCGGCUUCUUUUUGGAAUGUUUUGCAGCCGGGACCAUUUCUCCUACGACAAGCCGGACCUCUUCUUCAAGGGGCGGGACAGCAGUGGGAUGAUGGAAGGGACGCCCAUUGCAGCCAGACCUCCGGCUCACCGCGAGGAGGAGGACACCUCAGACCUCCGGCUUGGCCGAGCCAUGCCGGUGAACACCAUCAAGGCCGCGAACUUCGCGCAUUUCAAUGAUCUGGCAUUGCUUCACUUGGUGCUAAGAAGGCACUACUUGCCGAUCAGCUGCCAGGAAACACAGGAGUUCACGAUGUCAAUUACAUCCUUCUCACGCUGUUUUUGCGAAGAUGUGGUGCAAUGUAGCCUGAAGUUCUUCUUCAUCAUGGACUGCCAGGUGAACUUGCUCGUGCUCUUCUCGCUGCUGGUGUCGAUAGGGCAGGCCGUUGGCUCCUGCUUCUAUGCCAGCACCUCUGCAAUGGACCUGAGGACAUCGGAGGAGGCGAACCCGAAUGAUUGA